UUAUCCCGUAUGUGUCUGACAGAAAGGAAUAGCUGGCGGAGGGGGCGAGGUAACAGGUGACAGGGAGUGGCUUUUUAAUGGAAACAAUGGCAAAGGAGGAAGAGGAGGAGAGGAAAAAAGAAGGGAGAGACAAUGAAGGAGAGGCAGAAUGAGAUGAACCCUCCUCUGGAGUAAAUCUCUCUCAAUCUGAUCAGCGGGAUAGGAGAAGAACUAUCUAACGAGAGUGGACGCACUAACUCUCAGGUCUGUGUUACUGCUUCUUCCAGAAGAUUCUUCGCAUCUUUUUGUAUCUAUUAUCUUUCCAUCGGAACAUCUUUUCUUGAACCAACAUCUCAUAUUGUGGAGUGAAGCCACGUUUUAUGGUUUUUUAGAUGGAGAUUAUGAGGAACACCAUGUUCUUUCUUCCCCUGGUUCUUGCUCUACUUCACGCCACAUCUGCCACAUCAGGCCCAGACUUCAACUAUGGAGCCCACCCACGCUUCGUUUGCACCCCAAUCCCUGCAGACGCAGACUCUUCCUGCUUCCCCACAGCGGGUACAGGCGCCGGGUCGACAGGGCCUGGAGGAUCAAACCAUCAGAACGUCCCUCCCAGCGGCUGGUGGGGGGCCAGUGACGAGGCUAAAGCCACCAUCCUCCACCUAAGGGAGAGUCUUGUGCAGCAGAAGGAGAUCAUCCUGGACCAGAGGGAGACCAUCAGAGAGCUGACGGCCAAGCUGACCCUGUGUGAGGGCGCGGCGCGAGGCCCGUUGUUUCACGAUGAGCACCACGGCUCUGUGUCAUACUCGCAUCACAAAGGAGUGUCCGUUCACCACACAUCAUACACCGACAACAGUCACUAUGGCAAUGGCAGACUCAUCCCAGACUCACAGCACCACCACUCCUCAGUCCAACGAUCUGACGGAGGGGACGGCAGCCAUAACCACGGGAAUGACAAACACGGGACGGCGGGGGACAGCACAUCAACGACAGAGCAGCUGGAGAGGAUGCUGCAUGCGCUGAAAGAGAGACUGAGCAGCCUGCAGAAGAGGAACAGCACCAGCACAUACUCCAACUCUCUGAAGGAGCUGCUGCAGAGGAAGAUCAGCACCCUGGAGGAGCAGCUGCACCACCACGCCGCCGCCCUGGGCAGCAGCGCGGACCAACACCACGAUGACGACUCCGGCCACAGAGAUGACGCAGACCACCACGAUAACGGUCACCACCACGACAACCACGACCACCACGACGAACACCACGACGUCCACGACGACACCGACCAUCAUGACGACAGCCACAGUGAAGACCAUCAUGACAGAGAUCACGACGAUCAUGAUGAAGGUCACGAUAGUGAUAGUGAGGAGGAUGAGGACGAGGAGGAGGAGGAGGAGGAAGAGGAGGACGAAGAGGAUGGUCACAGGAGCAAUGAAACAGAGGAUCACAGUUACCUCCCACACACUGGGUACAGAACUGGUUUCCACUCUAAUAAACUGGAAACGAUGCUCAACCAGCUGCACCUGACAGCUUCCAACAAGAAACAUUCCAAGAACCUGGAUGCCUUCCAGAUCAGCUUCCCGAUGAGGACCAACUACAUGUACGGACGGAUGAAGAGGACUCUGCUGCAGGAGAUCUUCGCUCUGACCUUGUGCCUCUGGAUGAAGGCAGGCGUGGGACCCGGACUGGGGACUCCUUUCUCCUACUCCGCACCCGGACAGGCCAAUGAGCUGGUGCUCAUCGAGUGGGGGAACAACCCCAUCGAGCUGCUUAUAGAUGACAAGGCUGUAACGCUCCCCUUAUCUCUGAGUGAUGGGAAGUGGCACCAUGUUUGUGUGACGUGGACAACGAGGGACGGACAGUGGGAGGCCUACCAGGACGGUGUGCAGCGGGGGUCUGGGUCGAACCUCUCCCCCUGGCACUCCAUCAAACCUGGAGGGGUCUUCAUCCUAGGACAGGAGCAGGACACUCUUGGAGGCCGUUUUGAUGCCACUCAGUCGUACGUGGGAGAGAUGUCAGACCUCCACAUGUGGUCGCGCGCCCUGAGCGCCGCUGACAUCUACAGCCUGGCCUCCUGCGGCAGCCACUUACGCGGUGACGUCAUCGACUGGUCUGAGUCAGAGGUGGAGCUUCACGGCGGCGUUGCUAGGUACCCGUUCGACCCCUGCCACUGAAGGUGUAACCGCCCAAGAAGAAGAAACUCGAAGCUCUCUGGACUUCAAGUAUUCAGACUGUUUGCCUUCCUUUAAACUAUUUAUCAAAUGAAGCAAAAAGGAGGAUAAAAUUGUAGCCCGAUGACCGUAUUUACAGAGAAUGUUUGACGUUCUCUCUCUCUCUCUUUUUUUUAUGAAUUAGUGUUUUAUUAUAAACAGACAAGUGCUGACUGUGACAUAUUGUCAUAAUGUGAAUAAGAUUGAAUGAUUUCAGUUCUGAGCAGGACCUCAAAGGGUUCGGCUGUAGAUUAGAGUUAGUGUAAUGAAAUUCAUAACUCUCUUCACACUUUGGAUUCUCUUUUUUGAGGUUUCCAUGAAACAUACAGCUAAUUUACCAAAGAAACUGUAGAACUCAAAUAUGUUUUUCUCUCUUUUUUUAAUUAUUUAAAUUUACAUUUAAAGAUAGAAGACUUCAGACAGUUUAGUCUAAUGCACUCUGGUGUGACUGCCUCAGUUUUGUGUUUUUAAACAUUUUAAAAAUCUUUAUUCUGUCGUUUUUCCUCAACUUUUUGUCCUCACAAUGCAAGGCUGUUCACAGAACAAACUCUUACUAUUCAUCACUUUUUGGGGGUUGAACAGUGAGUAACUUCUAACUUGUGUGUGUUGAGAUUGUUGCAAUGUGGCUUCUGAAUUUGUCAUUUUGGCCUUGAUUGUAUAUUUAUUAUUGUACAAUAUGUUAUACAUUGAAGCUAUUAGAAAAUAUUUAAAACAAUGUGACUGUGUUUUUGUUGAAAUGUGAGUAAUAAAAUUACAAAAAUAAAGCCUUUUGUUCUCGCUCAAGGCGCUUUCACUGAAAGCGCAUUUCAGACUCUUAUGUCAACACAGAUAAAUCGAUUACAACACUGGAGUCCAAUACAAGUUAAAUUCAAAAAUAAAUAUAAGAAACAUAUACAUAGCCACUGCUUAAUUUUCAAAGUUUUCUUUCUCUUUGAACAAGAGCCAGUUCUCCUGAAAGACCAAAGUGUUGAAAUAGUAGCCAUGGUCAAGAGGAAACACUCUUGCCUUUGGAUUUAUUUACAUUACCAGACCAGUAUGAAAACACAUAUUUUUUAAUCUUUCAAUACCACUAAUUUCAUCCUAGAAGUGUGUGGCAUCAGGAACCAAGCAUCAUUUCCCCCCAUUUUUAUGUUCAUCUCAGCUCUAUUAGGCUGACUUCACAAGUCGCACUCAGGCUCACUGUAAGCAUUCAAAUAUUCAAAAAAUAUUAAGAGAAACAAAAGAGAAAAUUAAGUUGAUGGUUAACAUUAUAUAUAAUAUUAAGCACUAGAGUUGUAUCCUAAAGAGCGAGGUGGUCCAACAGGCCCUAUUAAAAAACAGAGACAAGACACAACAAAUUGUUUUGUUUGCUUU